AUGGGCAUCGACCGCGCCCUUUUCGCGAAGGGCAAAGUACCAGAGUACCUCAUCUGUCCAUGCUGCAAGGACGUCCUCGAGAACCCUUCCGAGAUCUGCGAUCAGGCCCACCUCAUCUGCGGUCUAUGUGGGCCUGAGCUGUACGGGACUGAAGACGACGUGGAGGAAGAGGAGGAGAAGGAGCCUGAACCGCCAAAGAAGCGAGCGCGGACGCUUGCUGAGGCUGCGCCCGGCUUGGAGCAGGAGUUUGCGUCUCAAGCGCAGGCAGGCGAGCGCGACGAGUCCGAGACGCCUGCGCCGGCCAACGGUGCCGAACGGGACGGUGAGGAGGAAGAAGAGAACGGUGAAAGAACAGGGAGCGAAGGCGACAGCGAGCACGACGGGCUGCAAGACCAGGACAAUCAGGAAGGCGCAACAGGCUCAGAAGGCGAUGGCAACGGGACUGGGGUCUGUCCUAUAUGCCAGGAACCGCUGCUGGAUCCGGCGGACGUGCGACCUGCAAAGGCGAUUCGUCGGAUUAUACAGGAGCUUACCGUAAACUGCGCUCACCUCUCCUUCGGCUGCCUUUGGACCGGUAUCCUUCGCGACCAGCCCAAACACGACGAGACCUGCGAAUACCGACCACUCCCCUGCGUCCACGCUGAACAAGGCUGCGGCUUCAGCGGUCCCAAAGACACGCACGCGAAGCACGAGGAGCGCGACUGCCUGUUCGCGACUGUGUCCUGUCCAAGGAAGAACUGCGAGCGGUUCAGCGGGACGAGGAAUGAUCUCAAGGCGCACGAGGACGAGUGCGACGCGUUCGAGUGCGAAACGCCCGGAUGCCCGACAAUGACCACCAAGCGCAUGCUGCCGAUUCACCAGCUCGCGUGUACCGAGUACACCAGGCUGUACAAGAAGUCAAUGCGUACGAUCAAGCGGCUCAAGAGCGAGCUCGAAAAGGCGGCGAGUCCUGCCUCUCUUUCCAGACCGGUGGCGGAGAUCACGCUCGACGACAACGACAAUUCACCAACGCCGUCCGCGCCCAGCAAGCGCAGCGCCGAGGUGUACAUCAAGACCGAGUCGCCUCUCAAGCGUUUGCGGGUCAACGAGCCGGAGAACGACGAUGAGCAGAUGCAAGAGGGGUCGCAGCCUGCGCAGGACGCGGCGGCAGCGGCAGGGGCAGGGGCGGACGAGGAGGAGGAAGACUUGCGUCCGUUGUAG